UGUUGCUUUAUGGAAUUGUGUGUUGCCAGGAUAAGGAUCCUGGAGUAGAAUUCCCUGCUCCCAGUCCAAGAGUUCCAGUGAGAAGCAAGAGGUGGGGUGACUGGAGCUCCUGACUGAAGCAGGAGACACCCUCAGUUCUGGCCUUACCCUUCCAGGACAGUGCUGUUCCCCAAGAGAAAAGCCAGGAAAAGGAGGCAAAAAUGACAGUUGAACUAGUGAAAGCCAUACCUCAGGACUUGGUGACAUUCAAGGAUGUAGCAAUAGACUUUUCCCAGGAGGAAUGGGAAUGGCUGAACCCUGCUCAGAGGAGUUUAUAUAGGAGUAUGAUGUUGGAGAACUAUCAGAGCCUGGUAUCAGUGGGACUUUGUGUCUCUAAGCCAUAUGUCAUCUCCUUAUUGGAGCAAGGGAAAGAGCCUUGGGAGAUGAAGAGUGAGAUGAGAAGAACCCCAUUCCCAGAUUGGGAAUCUGUAUAUGAGACACAAGAAUUACCCCUGAAGCAAUUUGUGUGUGAUGAUGUAUUAAUGGGGAGAAUUAUAAGCUAUGGACUUGAGUGUCCCACUUUUGGAGAAGAUUGGAAAUGUGAAGAUCUUUUUGAGAGGCAGUUGUUAAGCCAAGAGACAUUUAUCAGGCAAGAAACAAUCACUCAUAAAGAAACACUUACAGUGGAAAUAGACCACAAAUAUAACAAAUCUGGGAAAUUUGUCUCAUUGGACAAUAUAGAAGAGAAUAUUUAUAAUCACAAGUCAGAUAAAAAAAGCUUUUCUAAAAAUUCCAUGGUAAUAAAACACAAGAAAGUCUUUGUAGGAAAGAAACUUUUUAAAUGUAAUGAAUGUGAGAAGACCUUCACCCAGAGCUCAUCCCUUACUGUUCAUCAGAGAAUUCAUACUGGAGAGAAACCGUAUGAGUGUAAGGAAUGUGGGAAAGCCUUCAACCAGAGUCAACACCUUGCCCAGCACCACAGAAUACAUACUGGAGAGAAACUGUUUGAAUGUAAGGAAUGUAGGAAAGCCUUCAGCCAAAAUGUUCACCUUAUUCAACAUCAAAGAAUUCAUACUGGAGAAAAACCAUAUAAAUGUAAGGAGUGUAGAAAAGCCUUCAGCCAGCCUGCACACCUUGCCCAGCAUCAGAGAAUUCAUACUGGAGAGAAGCCCUAUAAAUGUAAGGAAUGUGGAAAGGCCUUCAGUGAUGGCUCAUCCUUUGCACGACAUCAGAGAUGUCACACUGGCAAAAGACCCUAUGUAUGUAUUGAAUGUGGAAAAGCCUUUAGGCAGAACACAUCCCUUAUCCGUCACUGGAGGUAUUAUCACACUGGGGAGAAACCCUUUGAUUGCAUCGACUGUGGGAAAGCCUUCAGUGAUCACAUAGGACUUAUUCAGCAUAGGAGAAUUCAUACUGGAGAGAAACCCUACAGAUGUAAUGUGUGUGGAAAAACCUUCAGCUAUGGCUCAUCCCUGACUGUCCAUCAGAGAAUUCACACAGGAGAGAAACCAUACGAAUGUGAUAUCUGUGGGAAAGCCUUUAGCCAUCAUGCCUCACUCACUCAGCACCAAAGAGUGCAUUCUGGAGAGAAGCCUUACGAAUGCAGGGAAUGUGGGAAAGCCUUUAGGCAGAGCAUACACCUUGCUAGUCACCUGAGGAUUCAUACUGGCGAAAAACCCUAUAAAUGUAAAGAAUGUGGGAAAGCUUUUAGCAUCAGUUCACAGCUGGCUACUCAUCAGAGAAUUCAUACUGGAGAGAAACCUUAUGAAUGUAAGGAAUGUGGCAAAGCUUUCAAACAGAGAGCACAUCUUGCACAGCAUCAUAAAAUUCAUACCGGAGAGAAACCUUAUGAAUGUACUGAAUGUGGAAAAGCCUUCAGCCAGACUACCCGCCUUAUUCAACAUCAGAGAGUUCACACGGGAGAGAAACCCUAUAAAUGUACUGAAUGUGGGAAGGCCUUUAGUGAUAGCUCAUCCUGCUCUCAGCAUCGGAGACUUCACACUGGCCAAAGGCCCUACGAAUGUGUUAAGUGUGAGAAGGCAUACAGAACAAAAUCGUUGCUCAUUUGUCAUCAAAGAUGUCAUACGGGGGAGAAACCUUAUGAAUGUAGCAUGUGCGGUAAAGCCUUUAGCCAUCGGCAAUCCCUUACCAUUCAUCAGAGAAUUCACUGUGGAGAAAAACCAUAUCAGUGUAAGGAAUGUAGGAAAACCUUCAGCCAGAUUGGACACCUUAAUCUACAUAGAAGAAUCCACACUGGAGAGAGAUCUUAUGAAUGUAAGGAAUGCAGAAAGGUCUUCAGACAAAGUGCACACCUUGCUCAUCAUCAGAAAAUUCAUGCUGUAGAGUCAUGUCAGGCCCCCAGCUCUUCCUCACCUUCUGUGUCACCAAGUCCUGUUGAUAUGUCUGCUGAAUAUUUUUGGAAUUCAUCCACAUCUUUCCAUUCUCGUUGCCCUAGUCCAAAACACUGUCAUUUCACCUGGACUAUUCCAAUUGUCUAAUAACUGGUCUCCUUGCAUCCUCUUUUGUCCCCUUCAAGUUCAUUUUUCACACUACUGCCACAGUGGUAUUUUCAAAAUGUAAAUGUAAUUUUAUGACUCCCUUAAAACCCUUGCUAUGCAAUUUUGAACUACUUGAUGCAUACAAAGUGCUCAGCACAGUGUCUGACCCAGACUAAGUGCUCCAUAAUGUUAGCUCAGUAUCCUUCAGAGUCUGCUUGAAAGUUAUUUUUAAACAGUGAACUCUGGAAGGCAGUAUAUGUACUUGGAGAUCAUAACAAUUUUGGAACUGAAACAAUGUAUAUGAUGAGGGUUAGCAUGAGUAGUAUGUUUAAAGCUUGAGAUCACCACAAAAUAAGGUUGUGUUCCUUUGUUGGUGAGGAAAUUCAGUGUGACCUGAUACAUAGAAUAUGUUUUAGGAAAUUCUAGAACUCUGGAUAAGACUGGAACAAAAGAACUAGAAUUUACUGGGAAGAAUGUAAGACUAUAUUUAUUCAAGGCAGAAAGUAAAAAUUCCUAAUAUUUAAAAUGGAAGAAACAGAACUUGAAUAGUGUAGCCCUCUUCUAAGACACCUGGGUUAACAGAUUAAUUCUAAACCUUCAAGGAAUCAUAAUUAAGCUGUUCUAGAGUGUAGAAAAAAUAAUGAAAUGGAUUAUUUUGCAGUAUUUGGAAUACUUCUUUCAUGAGGCUAAUUCAACCCUAAUAUCAAAUCCAGAAGAAAAAAAUUAUAGAUGAAUUUACUCAUGGUUUUAUAUAUAGGAAGGAAAUUAUUAACCUCUGUUAAGGAGAAUAGAGGUUCUGAAUAAAUGGAGAUCUGUGUUUCCAGAUGGAAGUUUCAAUAUUGUUAACAUGUUUGUACAGUCAAUUCCAGUCACAAUCCCUAUAGGAUAUCUUUACAUUGACAGUUUUGUUCUGAAAAUCAUGUAGAAUGGUAAAUAGGAAAGCAUCACAAGGAAAUUUUUGAAAAAGAUCAUAUACCCAUGAAUUUAGUUUAUUGCAAAAGUAAUUAUUUUUGAUGUGUCAGUGGGAGAGAUGGAUUACUUAAAUGGUGCUUGACAGUUAUCCAACUGGAAAUAAGGUCAGAUCCACAUUUCACCCCUUACAGAGAAGUUCAUUCAAUAUGAUUAAAGAUGUAAUAGGAAACAAUAUUAAGAUUCUAGAAGAGAAUGUAGAAUAUUUCUAUCCCUUUGAGUUCAGGAAGGCUUUGAUAAGCAGGACACAGAGUCCAGAAGUCAUGAAGAGAGACAGAGUGAUAGGACCAUGUAAAAAAUUUAAACUUUUCCAUGGUAUAAGACACUGUAUUCAAAGUUAAAAGGCACAUGACAGACUGAGAUAUAUAUAUAUAUAUAUAUAUAUAUAUAUAUAUAUAUAUAUAUUUUUUUUUUUUUUUUUUUUUUUUUUUGCGGUAUGCGGGCCUCUCACUGUUGUGGUCUCUCCCGUUGCGGAGCACAGGCUCCGGACAUGCAGGCUCAGCGGCCAUGGCUCACGGGCCUAGCCGCUCCGCGGCAUGUGGGACCUUCCCAGAACAGGGCACAAACCUGUGUGCCCUGCAUCGGCAGGCGGACUCUCAACCACUGUGCCACCAGGGAAGCCCCCAGACUGAGAUAUAUUUUAACCAUAUAUUACGAAGCAUAUAGCCCUUAAAAAAGGGCUGUUGGAAAGCAGCAAGGAUAAGGUAAGAUACACAGUCUGACAAAGUCUGAUAAGAUGAGAUACACAGUAUAACAGCAAAUCUUAAAUGAAGAAAUUAAAACAGUCAAAUAAAGGAAGAUCUUAAUUGCACUAAUGAUCAAAUAAAUGGAAAAUUUAAAAGUCCUCAUCACCAACACAAACCAGCACACAUUUUAUGGAUAAUAUCCAGUACGGUUGCAGAUGUGAGAAACCAUAUUUUUAUAUUACAUUGGGAGGGUACAUAGGUGGAAAGCCAUUUUAGAAGGCAAUAUGGUGUGACCUGUCAGUAUUUAAAAUGUAAUUAAUCACUGCUGCAAUUCUACAUCUAGGAAUUUAUCUUCUCGAAAAGCACAGGUACAGAAAUAUAGAUGCAUAAGCACAUUCAUUACAGAAUUGUAAAAAACUUGGAACAGUUUAAAUGUCCAGCAGUAGUAAAUUUGUUACUUAACUGUGGAAAAUCAGUUCAGUGGAUUAUUAAGCAGUCACUGGAAAGAAUGAGGUGGAUGUCUAUGCUCACAAAACAAUGCUUUGUAGUUUAUUGAGAAUGUAAUUUUCAUAACUAUAUAAUAUGAUGGCACAGUUAUAAACACAUAAACUUUUUAAAGUUAAAAUUAUGAAAUGUGUUGUUUUUGUCUACAAUACAAAUAGAAACCAUGCAUACACAAAUACAGACUCCUUCCCCCAGCUGUGUUGGUUGGGCUGUUCUGAUGUCAUUCACUGAGGUUUUGUUUGCAUUGCCAGCUGUACACAGUUCACUUUAAUCCAGUCAUAUACUCUCUCCUUGGGACUCAGGAGGAAGCUGAAUAUGAGUCAUCCUUUGGCCACAAUUUUAAGAUGGCUCCUGAGUUCCUGCUGCUCUGCUUGCUAGAGCUGACUUGUUUCAUGUUCUGGUAGGUUGUUUCCCACAAGCAUUUUGUUUUCAUUUUAUUUUAUUUAUUUAUUUACUUAUUUAAUUUAUUUUUUGCUGUGCUGGGUCUUUGUUGCUGUGCACGGGCUUUCUCUAGUUGCAGCAAGCGGGGGCUACUCUUUGUUGCGGUGUGCGGGCUUCUCAUUGCGGUGGCUUCUCUUGUUGCAGAGCAAAGGCUCUAGGCACAAGGGCUUCAGUAGUGGCGGCACAUGGGCUCAGUAGUUGUGGUGCAUGGACUCUAGGGCAUACGGGCUUCAGUAAUUGUGGUGUGUGGGCUCAGUAGUUGUGGCUCGCAGGCUCUAGAGCACAGGCUCAGUUGUUGUAGCACAUGGGCUUAGUUGCUUCGUGGCAUGUAGGAUCUCCCCAGACCAGGGAUCAAACCCAUGUCCCCUGCAUUGGCAGGCGGAUUCUUAACCACUGUGCCACCAGGGAAGUCCCUUGUUUUCAUUUUAAAAUUAGAUUAAGUUCUUUUGCUGUCAAACAAGGAAACCUACCAAUAUAGAAAUUGGUAGCCUUGAGUGGGUUUUAGGCAAAAGAUCCUUAGAAAAUGUGGAAUUAUUAUUAAAGUACGGUUAUUGGAUGAAAUGGAGCAAAGCAGUGUAAGGCUCCUAAUCAUAUUUUGUGCCAUGGAAGUAAUAUGCCUUCAUAGCAACUGUAAAACAGCUGAUCAGCUGCGGUCUAGAUGGCUUUUGCUUUGGACGAAUUCAAAGAGGACAAGAAGUGCCAGUCCAAGAAAUAUGUAUGAUGUUUGUUCAUAGUGGAACUGAAUAGUAUAAAGCAAGAAGAAAAAAGGGCUUAUUUCUUAAAAUUUUUGCUUUAAGGCAUGGAGUAGAACACAAGCCAUUUUUGUAACAUAGGUGAAAGACUUGCUUGUAGCUAUCAGGCUGUGCUUGCUAAAUAUCAAAGAAUGAGCUACAGUGCCAGGUUAAUUCACAAUUUUGGCAGGUCUCUUAAGUAGAAUGUUUGAUAUUAAUUAGGAACAGUUGGUAUCCUGGUUAUUGGAAAGAGGACUUGUGGGAGAAGUUUGAGAUUUUGAAACUCUAAGCCGCUAAGAAACCUUAAAACAAAAAACAUACCAACUAAUUCACAUUUGCCUGAGAUAGCCAUGGAUGAAGGUUAACCAAUUUCCCUUUUAGCUUACCAAUAUUAUGGCUUCACUGAUUUAAAAAGAAGAAAGGAAGAAUGGGGGGAGGAAGGAAGGGAAGAAAGAAAAGACAGAAAGGUCUGAUUCUCAAGUGGUCUAGAGGUUGAUAUAAGAAAAGAGAUUAGGAAAUGGAUGAAGGACUCCCCAAAGUAUUUAUCAACAUUCAUAUCAGAAUCUAGAAAAUGGCCUCAGGAACGGGUUUUAAUAGUGCUUGGCCUCAGAAGUUGGAAUAAAAUUUUGAGCUGGGUUGAAUUUAUUUAUAGGUUUACACAUCAGUAAUUACAUAUUCAAUGUGCUAAUUUGUGCAGCUUAUUGCUUUUCCAAUAGUUUUCUGGGUAGACAAAUGCAAUCUAUUAAGUCCUAACUGAUGACUAAAUGACAUUGAACGACCAGAAAUGAUCUUGCCUGAUACACAGGAAGGACCUGGGAAAACUUGGGGAUGCUGAAUUUGCUUUCUUAUUACUGAGUUUCUCUCUUACUCUAUCAUUAGGCUCCGUGAGACAGGGCCAAAUGCCUUUCCUUGAAUCCGUGCCACGGGGAAAUCAUCACUAUAUUCAGAAAGUGCUUUAUGGCCAUUCCUUUUUUUUUUUUUUUUAAGUAUUUUUUAAAAUUUAUUUAUUUAUUUUUGACUGCGUUGGGUCUUCGUUGCUGUGCGUGGUCUUUCUCUAGUGGUGAGCGGGGCCUACUCUUUGUUGUGGUGCACAGGCUCCUCAUUGCAGUGGCUUCUCUUGUUGAGGAGCAUAGGCUCUAGGCACACGGGCUUCAGUAGUUGUGGCUUGUGGGCUCUAGAGUGCAGGCUCAGUAGUUGUGGCGCACAGGCUUAGUUGCUCCGUGGCAUGUGGUAUCUUCCCGGACCAGGGCUCGAACCCAUGCCCCCUGCAUUGGCAGGUGGAUUCUUAACCACUGCACCACCAGGGAAGCCCUAUGGUCAUUCUUAAGAUGCUGGGCUUACUGGGGUGGGGGCUGCUUCUGAACUCCCGUAAAUGCAGGAGCCCAGGAAAGCUGAGCUCCAGAUAGCAGCAACUUGCCAGGUGCAAGAAGUCAAUUCAGGGGCCAUCAUUUAAAAGUCUACAAAUAACAAAUGCUGGAGAGGGUGUGGACAGAAAUGAACCCUCUGCUCUGUUGGUGGGAAUGUAAACUGAUGUAGCCACUAAGGAGAACAGUAUGGAUGUUCCUCAAAAAACUAAAAAUAGAGUUACCAUAUGAUCCAGCAGCCCACUCCUGAGCAAAUAUCCAGAAAAAAAUAUAAUUCAAAAGGACAUGCACCCCAAUGUUCAUAGCAGCAUUAUUCACAAUAGCCAAGACAUGGAAGCAACUUAAAUGUCCAUCAACAGAGGAAAGAAAGAAGACGUGGUACUAUAUACAAUGCAAUAUUACUCAACCAUAAAAAAGAAAUGAAAUAAUGCUAUUUGCAGCAACAUGGAUGGACCUAGAGAUUGUCAUAGUGAGUGAAGUAAGGUCAGACAGAGAAAGACAAAUAUCAUAUGAUAUCACUUAUAUGUGGAAUCUAAAAAAGGGGUACAAAUGAAGCUAUCUACAAAACAGAAAUAGAGUUACAGAUGUAGAAAACAAACUUAUGGUUACCGGGGGAAAGAGGGGGAUAAAUUGGGAGACUUGGAUUGACAUAUACACACUACUAUAUAUAAAACAGAUAAUUAAUAAGGACGUACUCUAUAGCACAGGGAACCCUACUCGAUACUCUGUAAUGACCUAUAUGGGAAAAUCUUAAAAAGAGGGGAUAUACGUAAAUGUAUAACUGACUCACUUUGCUGUAUAGCAGAAAUGAACACAACAUUGUAAAGAAACUAUACUACAAUAAAAAAAAAAUUUUUUUAAACUUCGUACAGUAAAACGCACUCAUUUUGGGUGUAGAAUUCUAACUUUGACAAACUCAUACAGGCAUGUAACCUCUACAACCAGGAUGUAGAGGACCCAAGAAUUCCCUUACGUCUUUUGUAGUCAGUCUCCUCCUCCUGUCCCCAGCCUCUGGCUACCACUGCUUUGUUUCCUGUCUUAUAUAACAUUAUAGGGUGUCACAUAAGUGGAAUCACACAGCAUGUAGCCCUUAGAAUUUUUGAUGAUGACUGUAAUAAUAGCAUUAUGCCUGGCUGUUGUUUGUGAGGUCAUUCACUGAGCCAACAAUGUUCUCAACUUCUGGGAUAAAGAAAGCUCUGGAGGCAGGUGAAUCAAGAUAGCAGAAUAGAAGAGAAUAGAAGGACGUGGAGCUCACCUCCUUCCACAAAUACAUCAAAAGUACAUCUCCAUGUGGAACAGUUCUCAUAGCAUAACUUACUGAAUGCUGGCAGAAGAACUCAGACACCAGAAGGGCAGGAAAUAUCACCAUGUAGCAGGGUAGGAUGAAAGAAAGGAAAAAAACAACAACAAACAAACCGGAGGAAGCAGGACAGGACCUGUGCCCCUAGGAGGGAGCUGUGAAAGAGGAAAGGUUCCUGCACCCUGGGAAGCCCCUUCAAAGCACUUUCAGCUGGGACAGAAAGGGAGCCUCAGAAGCUUGGAGGAGAGCACAGCAGCUGGUUAGCAGCAGGCAGAACAGAGAGAGACUGACACAGAGGGUCUGUGCUACCAACCUGCACUUCCCAGCCCAAGAGGCGUGCAACUGGGGGUGUAUGGGGAAGAAACCCAAGCCCACCACAGGGGCGAAGCACCACUCUUUUUUUUUUUUUUUUUUUUGCGGUACGUGGGCCUCUCACUGUUGUGGCCUCUCCCGUUGCAGAGCACAGGCUCCGGACGCGCAGGCUCAGCGGCCAUGGCUCACGGGCCCAGCCGCUCCGCGGCAUGUGGGAUCUUCCCGGACUGGGGCACGAACCCGCGUCCCCUGCAUUGGCAGGCGGACUCUCAACCACUGCGCCACCAGGGAAGCCCCGAAGCACCACUCUUAAGGGGCAUGUGAAGGGGGGGCGCCAUAGCACCCUCACUCUUGGUGUGCUCACAGCAGGUGCAUGGCCAUUGAAACCCCACUGUAAUGCAUGAAGGGCUCAGUUAUGCAUCUGUGGUCAGCUGUGGGUUGGAUGGGGGCUGGCUGGUACAGAAGGGCUCAGCCGACUCACAUCUUGCCUGGGUGUGCUCUCAUGGACAGAGCAGGGAUUUAUGAGAGUGGGGACACACAGGCACAGCUUCAAGUUUGUUUCUAAUCCCAUCGGCCAAAGCAGGCCCCAUGGCCAAGCCAGGAAUAUCCUAGGAAGGGCCUACCCAAUGGUGUGGCUACAGGGAAGAGUGAAACAUGGUAAUCACUAAUGCAAUCCAUCUGCUGUUUCGGUGGAAGACAAGUGUCAAUCACAUGGCAUGACCUCUACAAAAUUAUUUUAUAGGACUUCCCUGGUGGUGCAGUGGUUAAGAAUCCACCUGCCAAUGCAGGGGACAUGGGUCCGAGCCCUGGUCUGGGAAGAUUCUACAUGCCAUGGGGCAACUAAGCCCGUGCGCCACAACUACUGAGCCUGCCCUCUAGAGCCCAUGAGCCACAACUACUGAGCCCACGUGCCACAACUACUGAAGCCUGCACACCUAGAGCCCGUGCUCCGAAACGAGAAGCCACGGGAGUGAGAACCCUGUGCACCACAAUGAAGAGUAGCCCCCGCUCGAUGCAACUAGAGAAAGUCCACACGCAGCAACAAAGACCCAACGCAGCCAAAAAUAAAUUAAUUAUUUUUAAAAAUUAUUUUAUGUAAUCUAUAUGUCCCCAAUUUAUAAAGUAAAAGAAAAAUAAAAAUCUUACCCCAUCCUCCCCCUCCCCCACAGCCAGCAAGUUCCUCUCCCUGGAGGCAACCACCCCGAACAGUUUCCUGGUAUAUUUCCAGAACACUCUAUGCAUAUAUAAGCAAAUAUUUAUGUGGAUUUUUUAUAUACAUAAAUAUUCCAAAAAGUUGUAUAGUACACCUUUCUACACAAAUGGUAACAUGUGGAACAGUUUUCCAUCUUGCUUUUAUCCAUUGUCAUCUGAGACCCCUUGUGUCCUUAGACAAGGGGGAUGGAUGUUAUCAUUUCACAAAGUUUGGGCAUAAGAUUUAUUGAAAGAAUUCCUUAUGAUUAUUUUGAUCUCACUGUGAUUUGUUCGGCUCCAGAAAAAGAGAUCACUGAAAAAUAUUUUUCAGUUAUGAAUGAAGAAUGCUUUUCGGCCGAGUGUGACCAAUGAAUUGUCCUGUGUUGUAAUGCAGCAUAGGACUCCUUUUAAAAAAAAUUUUUGUUAGGAGAUUUUCAAUUACACAGAAAGGUAUAAAAUACAAUAAGUGCCCGUAUUCAAUACCUUUAAAAAUA